UCUCUUAAUAAUAAUUGCUUCAAAGUUCAAUCUCCUCUAACUUUUUUCCCUUUCGUUUUAGCGCCUUUCCCCCCCAAAUUUCUUUCAUUCAAAGUCUUCAAAAAAAAAAGGCCAUUUUUAGUUACUUUGAAAUCCUCUGUUUUUCUGUCUGCUUUGCUUGGACAAAGUUUCAAUCUUUACAGAGCUUAAGAUCUUUUUUUUCACAAUUUGGGGUUGUGGGGUUUUGUUUAAAACAUGGGAUUUUCAAAAAAAAUUAAAGUAGAAGGAAACAAAGAAGAAAACAAGAAAUGGGUAAUUGCUGGAAUUGCGAUUCUUGCUCCUUUGAGAUCAAUUUCAACUAAACCCAGAGAUGAUUCUGAAGAUGAAGAGGAGUUUUCAACAACUCCGACGGCGAGAAGUUCAAGGAUACCGGAAAGACUUCAAUGUCCACCGGCGCCGAUGAAACGCCGGACAAAAUCCAUGUGUCAUUAUAAUAGUGGUAGGGAGUUUUUCAAUCCACCUGACCUUGAAUCUGUAUUUAUACGCCAUGUUGAGAGAGCUAAUUAAGCUAAUAUGUGUAAAAGGGCCAAAAACCAAAAUGGAAUUAAAAAGUGGCCCUUUUUGUUUUUGUUCUGUUUCUUUCUUCUAGUUUUUUUUUUUUUUUUUUGAGUUUAGUAAGUUUUAUUAGGUUAGUUUGUUAGGUUCAAGUUGAUGGUGAUAAUGUAAUAUACAAACUAGAUAUGUUUUUUUUUUCAAAGUAGCUAAUUUAGUUUGUAGUUCUUUUUUUUUUCUUCCAAUGAGAAUAUGAAAAAUCUCAAUUUGCAAGACUCUUUGAUUUCUACUUUUCUUGUUUCUUUGCGAGUGAAACUGGUUCACAUUUUGCACAACUUUUGGCUUUCUAUUUUCCAUUUUU